AUGGCUUCUCAGAAUGCAACCCUGCAGAUUUACAGUCUGAAAUAUAUUCCAGGUCCUAAGAAUAUUACUGAUUCCUUGUCACGUCUCCUGUGUGCAAUGCCACCGUCAGAACACAAAGACCAAACCGAAGAAUAUGUCAAGUGGGUUGCCCAAGAAUCAACACCAGUUGCCCUGACAACUCGUGAAAUAGAGAGAGCAUCAGAAAUUGAUCCUGAGCUAAAAAGUGUACGAGAAUCUCUCUUGAAUAGGAAAUGGCAUGCCUUAGAAUUCAAAGAGUACCUAGCUGUGGGAGGUGAAUUAAGUGCAGUUGGAAAGCUUGUUCUUCGUGGAACGCUAAUUGUGAUACAAAAGCAACUUCGUUGUCAAGUACUAGAGUUGGCACAAGAAGGUCAUCCAGGAAUCGUAGCAAUGAAGCAACGUUUGCGUACCAAAGUGUGGUGGCCAGGCAUCGACAAAGAGGUAGAGAGAGCUUGGAAGACCUGUCAUGGUAGUCAGUUAGUUUCACAACCAAUCGAACCUGAGUCGAUGACACGUACAGAGUAG